UAAAGGAUGAUGGCCCAGCGGUCUGAACGGCCUCGGAUCCAUUUGGACCAGUCUGAGCUCCUUUGUACUAAAGGAUGUGGAUUUUAUGGCAACACGGCGUGGCAGGGUCUGUGUUCUAAGUGCUGGAGAGAGGAAAACCAGCGAGAAAAGCAAAAACAGAUCCAAGACGACUGGGCUCUAGCUGAGAGGCUGCAGAGAGAGGAAGACCAAGCCUAUGCAAGCAGACAUCAGAAGGCCCAGCCGCUGCCCGCUUUUGCACCUUUUGGCAAAACAGAGGAACGGAAGACCAAAGAAAAGUCAAGCAAAGUCAACACUGUCACCAAGUUUUUCAAAACACCACCAAAAAAAGAUGCCGCGACACCUACGGAUGCUCAGUCCGGCCCGAGUUCCUGCUCCUCAAUAAACCGGCCCCCUUCUGUGGACACCGACCCCGCGACGAAGGAGUUCAUUGAAUUCCUAAGGCCUCUAAAAUAUGGUCGGCAAAUCUUCAAGCAGUGUCGCUCUUUCACUGAGAGCAUAGCCUACAAACGGGUCUCUGGUGCUGACGACAUGUCCGAAUGCGUCCAGGAUUUCUACCAGUCUCUCUCAGAGCGCCUUCACACUCAAUUCAAAGGCUCCUCUGAAUACGUGGAAGGCAUUAUGGAUGAAGUCGAAAGAUACAUGAUGACACGUCUUUACAAGGAAGCGUUUUGCCCUGAAACGUCCGAUGAUGAGAAGAAAGACCUGGCUACUCAGAACAGGAUCAGAGCUUUACAUUGGGUCACGAUUGAGAUGCUGGGUGUUCCCGUCGAUGAGGACAUCCCUGAGGCUUCUGAUAAUGUGGUUAAAGCAAUCACAGAUGUGAUCGAAAUCGAUUCCAAGCGGGUGCCAAAGGACAAGUUGGCAUGCAUCACGCGCUGCAGCAAGCACAUCUUCAACGCCAUUCGCAUCAGCAAGAAAGAGGCGGCGUCGGCGGACGACUUCCUGCCCACUCUCAUCUACAUCGUACUAAAGGCGAACCCCCCGCGGCUUCAGUCCAACAUCCAGUACAUCACUCGCUUCUGCAAUCCCAGCAGGCUCAUGACUGGAGAGGAUGGCUACUACUUCACUAAUCUGUGCUGCGCCGUGGCCUUCAUUGAGAAGUUGGACGGCAAGUCGCUCAACAUGACCUCGGAGGAGUUUGACCUUUACAUGUGCAGGGGUGGGGCUUCGCCCAAGUACGCCCCGGAGGGUGGCGCCGCGCUCAGCCAGGUCCACAAGCGUCUGGACCUGCUGGCGGGCCUGGGUGAGCGACAGGAGCUGGUCAUGGAGCGAGCACGCCAGCUGGAGAGCGACCUCAUCGACUGGACGGAUGAAGUGGAGCAGAAAGUGCAGAGCGUCCUGGACACUUUCGAGACACAGAACCCUCCCGCCACCACAGUCGCUGCUGCGAACGUAGCCACACAGUCAUCGGCCAUUGACUCUGAUAACGUCGAAAAUGAACACUUGCCACCGCCGUUGACGCCACAAGUGUUUGCCGGUUGA